GAAUAAUUUCCACAGGCCAGAGAAGAUGAAUCACACGAACUUCACUCCUGAAGCCAGUGCAGCUGUCAGAUCCAAAACAGUCACCGAAAACAUGCUCAUUACCCUCAGUCUAUCCGUAAUUACAACCUUGACGAUGCUGCUGAACUCUUCUGUCAUUUCAGCAAUCUGCACCACGAAGAAACUCCACCAGCCCGCAAACUACUUAAUCUGCUCGCUGGCUGUCACAGACUUGCUUGUCGCCAUUUUGGUGAUGCCUUUAAGUAUUGCCUACAUAGUGAUGGAAAGGUGGACUUUGGGAUUCUUCAUCUGUGAGGUGUGGCUGAGCAUAGACAUGACCUGCUGCACGUGCUCAAUUCUUCAUCUUUGCGUCAUUGCGCUGGAUAGAUACUGGGCGAUCACAGACGCCAUUGAAUAUGCCAGGAAGAGGACUGCUAAGAGAGCUGGCGUUAUGAUCGGCACAGUAUGGACGAUAUCCACGUUCAUCUCUAUGCCUCCCCUGUUUUGGAGAAACUACCGCCAUAACACCAAUUCCAGCGAGUGCCAGAUUCAACAUAGCCAUGUUAUCUACACCAUUUACUCCACGUUUGGGGCGUUUUACAUCCCUUUGACCCUCAUCCUGAUUGUCUAUUACAGAAUCUAUCAUGCCGCAAAGAGCCUUUACCAAAAACGUGGCUCGAGCCGCCAUCUCAGCAGCAGGAGCACCGACAGCCAAAACUCUUUUGCUAGCUGUAAGCUCACACAGACGUUCUGCGUCUCCGAUUUCUCCACGUCUGAUCCGACCACAGAAUUUGACAGGAUGCAUGCUUCGGUGAAGACCCCUUCCUCUGACAACGACGUGGAUUUGGUUGGAGACCGCCAACAGAUUUCCAGUGUACGGGAGCGAAAGGCUGCACGCAUUCUUGGCCUCAUUUUAGGCGCCUUCAUUUUGUCUUGGUUGCCAUUUUUUAUCAAAGAGCUCAUUGUGGGCCUUGGGCUAGGCACUGUCUCUUCAGAAGUGGCGCACUUUUUGACCUGGCUUGGCUACGUGAAUUCCCUUAUCAAUCCUCUGUUGUAUACCAGCUUUAAUGAAGAUUUUAAACUUGCCUUUAAAAAGCUCAUCAAAUGUUGGGAACACUCUUAAAACAACUGUGGGCAGCUACAGUGUGACUUAUUGGCCUUAAAUUGGGGGACGACAACAGCUGAACCUAGCAACCUGUUUGGGGGUUUUGUUUUUAGGUUUUCAGGGG